AUGUCACAAGUUCAAAAAGGUGGCGGCAAGGUCGACUGCUUGAGAAUCACAGCACCAUUUGGUCGGAGUGCCCACGGAGUGUUGCGUUUCACCAUCCCAGAUGCGCUAGGUGUGCCUCCACCGAAGCUGACAAGGGCUUAUAAUAAAAUCGAUAAACCGUGUAUGCUCGAGGAGGCUAGAAGACUGGAAUGGAAUGUGCCGUACAGGAGCAUUGAGGACGUUUGGCAGCUCUUCAAGGAGAUGCUGGGGCGACUAAGUGGGGAAUCUGCAUCACAUCAUCUGGUGUACGAGCUGGGCCAUCAAGACACAGUAAAUAAAAAAGCAAGCGUGGAGGCGAUUUAA